AUGGCAACCGUACCAAAAGCACAUCAUCUCUCUUCAAAUGUUCUCUACGACAUGACUGGGCUCGUCGCGCUGAUCACAGGCGGGGGAUCUGGCAUCGGUCUGAUGAUCGCAGAAGCUUAUGCCGUCCACGGUGCAACGGUCUACAUCGGUGGACGACGAGAGCAGACCUUGGAUAAAGCCGCAUCUGACGUCGCCCAGAGAAUCGGGAACUCGAGUGGACGUCUCGUUCCACUUGGGCUCGAUGUGACAAAGAAAGAAAGUAUCAGAAACGCAGUCAAUAUUAUCAGGGAAAAGGAGGGGAAACUUCAUAUCCUCGUCAACAACGCUGGUCAGGUUGGACCAUUUAGUGGCUUCUUCAACGACGAGUCGGCUCCUGAACAUGCCGAUAUUGGUACCGCCGUCUUCGAGAACGAGCACUUUGCUGACUGGGCGUCCCUAUUUGACAUCAACAUUACGUCCAUCUUCUUUACGACCUUUGCGUUUCUGCCCCUGCUCGAGCUGGGUGCUCAGGACCUUGACUCGCGUUCGCCUGCUCACCCUCUCACUACGUCUGUGAUCAACAUCACCAGUGUCAGUGGAAUUCAGAGGCAAGCUCAGAUGCACUUUGCCUAUAAUGUAUCCAAGGCCGCUGCCAAUCACCUCACGCGUCUGCUUAGCACUGAGCUCGCUCUAAAGAAGAAGCCAGUGCGCGUCAACGCAAUCGCUCCAGGACCUUUCCCAACAGAGAUGACCGAGCAUCAGGGCCAGACAUUUGGAGCGUACGUUGCAGAUAUGAUUGGCAAGGGUAUUCACCCUCAUCCUGCCCGUCGCGGUGGAACUGAGGAAGAGAUUGCUGGAGCCGCGUUGCUCCUCGCUUCACCCGUGGCGGGUGGUUAUAUUAAUGGCCAUAUCAUGCUCGUCGACGGAGGGUUCUUGUUGGUCAACCCAGGCAGCACGUAG